GCUGACCUGGCUUAUUGAUCACAGUAUUUAUCACUUAAGAGUGCGGUUAACAGCAGGACAUGGCUGUGAGGGCCUGUGGCUUGAUCAUCUACAGGAGGCUGCAGUCAGCACCAUGUUCUAAGGUCACUGAUGGUAUUGAAUACCUCCUCCUUCAGACAUCCUAUGGGACCCAUCACUGGACCCCACCCAAAGGCCAUGUGGACCCAGGAGAGGAUGACCUGCAGACAGCCUUCCGGGAAACACAGGAGGAAGCUGGCCUUCAUGCCAGUCAGCUUACCCUCAUAGAGGGGUACAAGAAAGAACUGCACUAUCCUGCCCAUGGCAAACCGAAGACUGUUGUUUACUGGCUGGCAGAAGUGAAGGACUGUAACGCAGAAAUCAAGCUCUCUGAGGAGCACCAAGCUUUCCAGUGGCUGAAGCUGGAGGAUGCUUGCAAGCUUGCAGAAUAUGAGGACAUGCAAGUGACUCUGAAAGAAGCACAUGAGUUUCUUUGCUCAAAAAAAUAAAUGCAUUUGUGAAGGAUAAGGAGAAUUUAUGA